UGAGAGGAGGAGGUGGAGGAGAAGAAGGGGAGGACCAAGUGGUGCGGUGACAAGGGAGGGAGAAACCGAGAGGGGGGACGGACUGAGAGCGAGAGAGGGGCGGGAGCAUCAGACGGAGGAGGAAACAGGGAAACUGAGGGAGUCAGAAGUAAAGAGGAGAGCUGAGGGGGAAAAAAGGAGGACAGAUCAGCAAAUCAGCCCCAAAAGAAUUCCUCCCAGCGCUGCAGUGAUCCAGGCUGCUCACCGGGAGAAGAAAGCGAAAAGAACAAGACACUGCCCUUUUUUUUUUUUUUUGAAGGCAUUUUUUUAAUCUCUCUCUGGGUAAAGAAAUCCAAAAUAAUCCCUUGAGAGGAAAGAAGAAGAAGAAGAAGAAGAAGAAGAAGAAGAAGAAGAAGAAGAAAGAGGAAUCUAAGAGCUUCUGCAGCCUCCCAGUGUCCUGCAGGAGAAAAUGGAUUCGGACUCCGGAGAGCAGAGUGACGGAGACCUGUCCACAGGACAGGAGAGCUUUAACUCUCGCUCCCUGGCCCUGCAGGCCCAGAAGAAGAUCCUCAGCAAGAUGGCGACCAUGGUGGUGGCCAACAUGUUGACGGACGACACCAGCAGCGAGAUCCUGGACGAGCUCUACAAGACGAGCCGGGAGUUCACCAAGAGCAAGAAGGAGGCCCACAAGAUCAUCAAGGACGUCAUCAAGAUCGCCCUGAAGAUCGGCAUCCUGUACCGCAACCACCAGUUCAGCCCCGAAGAGCUCGACACGGUGGAGCGCUUCAAGAAGAAGAUGAACCAGGCGGCCAUGACGGCGGUGUCCUUCUACGAGGUGGAGUACACCUUCGACAUGGGCAUCCUGUCGGAGCUCCUGCUGGAGUGCAGGGACCUGCUUCACAACCUGGUCGAGCAGCACUUGACGCCGCGCUCGCACGCGCGCAUCGACCACGUUUUCAACCAUUUCGCCCGCGGGGAGUUCCUGGUCGAGCUGUACGGGGACAGGGAGGAGUACAGACUCUCGCUGAGGAAGAUCUGCAACGGCGUCAACAAACUGCUGGACGAAGGAACGCUUUAACCUCACACCUCUUUUCUCCUCUUUCUCCCGCUAGUCUUUCCUUCUCCCACGCUCCCACCCCUCCGACUGCUCACAUCCUCCUCCUGCCCCUCGCUCUCGUCUUCCUGUUCCUUUAUUCGCCCAUUUCCAUGAAUCUGGCUGUAACAUGCUGCUGCUGCUGCUGCUUUGGUUCAAUGGGAGGAUCCUUUUUUUUGUACUCUCUUUCCUCUCGGCGGGUCGUUGCUGCAGACUGGGACAGCCUGCGUCGUGUCGUAUGCAUUAUAGCGUUCCCAGUCAACCCGUUUGUGUGCAAAAGUGUACUGUACCAAUGGCCAAAAAACAUACAUUAGGUAUAGUUGGAUGUGGACGAUAAUCAGCAGUAGUUAUCAGUCUCUCUCUCUUGGUGUGUGUGCGUGUGUGUGUGUGUGUGUGUGUGUGUGCAUUUGUGCUUGCACGGGGUUCCCUUGAAUAAUGUGUUUGUACAUAAGGCCCAUGUGUGUGUGUGUAUUAUGUAUCUUCUCUACAAGGGUGUAACACUUGUCUUUUAUUAAAGAUUUCUUUUAAACGUUA